AUGGCUAUAUUCAGAGUCCUUGUUGCUUCUCUUCUCAUAUCUCUUCUUGUCCUCCACUUGGUCCAUGCCGAUACGGUGACAACAAACACCAACAAAAUCGAUUGCAAAAGCAGGUGCAAAACACGGUGCAGGCUCUCAAGUAGACAGAAGCUUUGUCACAGAGCGUGUGGGACUUGUUGCGCUAGGUGCAACUGCGUGCCAUCUGGAACGUACGGUCAUUACGAUGAGUGCAAGUGUUACGCUAACAUGACCACCCACGGUGGUCGCCGAAAGUGUCCUUAA